GCGGGUCCGGCCCGCAGUCUGGACUUGGAAGGCCGGAGGGUUCGUGUCCCCCAUCCCGCCGGAGAGAGGAGGAGCGCGGCCCACCGCCUCUCGGACGAAAACCUGCAACAGGUUGACUCAGGCUCCGACGUCGAGGCCAUGAGCUUAAAAGAAUUCUCCUUCCCAUUCUCCGAGACGAGGUUCCUCCACGACGGAGUCAACUUGUAUAAGUUCAAAAUCCGAUAUGGCAGUAACAUCAGAGUGGAAGAUUUGGAUAAAGAAGCCAUCAACCACGAACUGGAGGAAUCCAUCCGCGCGAUCCUGGGGGACCUGGAUAACAUCCAGCCGUUUGGCACGAAGCACUUCAUUAUAUUCCCGUAUAAAAGCCUCUGGGAGAGAGCCUCCCACCUGCGCUUCAAACAACAGGAGGUCAACCUGAUUCCCUACCCGUACGUCUUCACCCUAUACGUGGAGACGAAGCCAGUUCAGGAGGACUUUUUUCCCGGGAUAAAGAAACGCCAACCCAGGCCUUCUGGACAGUGGUUUCCUCCCGAGCAGCAACAGUCAGGUUUCCGACACGGCAGUGAUUCCAAGGGCCUGAGCUUUAGGGGCUCCAAAGCCUGUGAAGUGAAGACCCAGGAUGCGGCUGUGAUGAAGCAACGGAGAGAGAAGAGGCUCACUUCAUCCCCGGUGAUGGGGCCGGACAGAGCGGGGAAGUUCGCCUGCCGCCGCGACCACAGUCCCAGCCAGCUCCCGACCAGCUCCGGGUCCAUGAGGGCAAAUCACCGGGCGAGAGACGGCCAGGCGGCGGCCCUGUCUUGGUCUCCCCACUUUGUUCCCGCUGCCAGGGCCAGCAUUGCCCAGCAGGGAUUGCAGGUCGUCAGUACCUCCGUUGGCGAGGAGCAGGGUGCCUCGGCCAACCGUCAGCAGCGGGCCGCUCAGGCCCCGCCGCGGGAGAAUGCCUGCUCCGGGAGCCCCAGCCCCUCGAAGCCAGAGAGCCGCGGCGGUUUCCUUAAGCUCCUAAGCUCCUUAUUCUCCUAUUGGAACUUCUUCGGAGGCGAGAAGAACCCCUGAAUCCUUUAAACCCGAGCCAGCUCCUAGCCCCCAGUGACGCUGCGCAGCAGCCCCCGGGAAGGAGACCGGGAAGUGAAGGCUGGGAGCCGGGCCCCGCAGCCGCUGAUGUUUCCGAGCUGCGAUCCACCCUCGCUCUCCUAUUUUUCCUUCCAAAUAAAAUUGUU